AUGCCGGCAGAGAAGGAAAAUAGAGUGACCAAGGAUAGCCACAAAGCGGUAAUGGCAGGAGCGGAAGACACAGAAACGGAAAGAGGACAGGAGAACAAAACAUAUGAACAACUGUUCACGGAAGCAGAAGAGAAUGCAGGAAAAUGCAGCAGUUUAUAUAUAUAUGCAACUGCAUGGGCAGGAAUAGAAGCUGAUGGAUGUACCAUCUUCUUCUCCCUUGGUACCCUGCUCUGGUACCAGAAGCAACGGCAACCAAUGAACCAGCGUUUCAACCCGCGGUUCAUGAGUCCUCAAAAAAACAUACAUUGGGCUGCACUACCCUUGCUACCAGAAAAAAACUUGACAUCCACCUGCUUCCGAGGCGGGGGUAUAAGAGUCCAAACUAAGGCGGACCAUUGGUCCGUCAUGGACCAGAGAAGUGUUUAA